AGACACUUGCUUAGAUCCAAGCACUGCCACUUGUCUUGGAAUAUUUCAGUUUUUUUAGGAUGAAUAUUGAUGAAAGUAUACUGUCACGGUUUCUUUUGCUGGUACAUUUUUAUUUAGCCCAGAGUGAUUAUGCACCAUAUUUCUAUGAUAAUGGGCCCCAUAGUAACAAUGGUAACCUGGCAUUGUUCAGUCUUUCAGAGGACACACCAAAAGGAACACAUAUAUAUAUUUUGAAUGGAACUGAUCCAGAGGGAUGGACCGUAAGAUAUGGCCUGGGCUUUGAUCCAGGAGCUAAGGAAUAUUUUAGAGUUGAUCCCAUAUCUGGAAUUGUUACAUUGAUAGAGGAACUUGACAGAGAGAUACAGGAUGAGAUUGAAGUCCUUGUCAGUAUUUCUGACGAGUUUAACAAAAUAGUAGAAAAAGUAAGGGUUUAUGUGACGGAUGCAAAUGAUGAGGCGCCUCAGUUCGGGAACCUGCCCUCCAAUGUCGACGUGCCAGAGAGCACACCUUCUGGGAGAAGUAUUUUUAAAGUGCAGGCUGUGGAUAAAGAUACAGGCUCAGGUGGAUCCGUCACCUACUUUCUUCAAAGCACUGGUCCAAACACUAAGUUUGCUAUUGACCACCACAGUGGAGUGCUAAGGAUUAAAGAGUCUCUUGACUAUGAAACAGUGAGAACACAUUUUCUUACUGUGGUGGCAAAGGAUGGAGGUGGAAGUUAUAAUGGAAGGGAGCAGGUAUUGUCAUCGUCUGCUACCUUGACAAUUAAUGUUAUUGACAGUCAGGACACUCCUCCCAGUUUUGUUGGUGCACCAUAUUUUGGCUAUGUCUAUGAAGUCUCUUCACCUGGAUCUGAAAUAUUCACUGUGUAUGCCAAAGAUGGAGAUGUAGAAGCUCCUAAUCCAAUUGUUUAUUCUAUUGAAAGUGGAGCUGAUGGCAUAUUUGGUAUCAACAAAACAAGUGGCUGCAUCACUCUCCUAGUCUAUCCAGAUAAUUUAAGAAAGGAAAUAUUUAAUAUCAAGGUCAAGGCUUCAGAGGUGAAUACACAGGGAAGUGUCAUAGACUUUGCUCUCACUACUGUAACUAUUCGAGUAGUGGACCUGAAUAACCACCACCCUACCUUUUACGGUGAGACUGGCCCACAGGACACAUUUGAGUUGACCAUGUACGAACAUCCUCCAGAGGGUGAGAUACUGAGAGGCUUGAGGAUUACAGUCAAUGACUCAGACCAGGGUGCAAAUGCAAAGUUCAACCUCAGGCUGGUGGGGCCAGGUCACAUGUUGCGACUGGUCCCUCAGACUGUCCUUAAUGAAGCUCAAGUCACUUUAUUAGUAGAAGAUUCCACUGCAAUAGACUAUGAGAAAUUCCAGUUUCUGACAUUCAAGAUUCUUGCAGUGGAAAUUGACACCCCUGAGAGAUUCAGUGCCACUGCAGAUAUAGUCAUACACUUGCUUGACACUAAUGAUAACGCUCCAAGGUUCUCCUCUGAUUUCUAUAUUGCACGAAUCCCAGAGAACUCACCAGGUGGCUCCAAUGUUGUGUCUGUGACUGCUAAGGAUCCAGACUCUGGUUUGUGGGGUGUUGUCAAAUACUCCAUCCAUGGCUCAGGAUCAGAUCUUUUCUUCAUCCAGUCAGAUUCAGGAAUCAUCUACACCCAGCCCUGGGCCAGUUUGGAUGCUGAGGUAAAAUCCAAGUACAAUUUCAUUGUUAAGGCUGAGGACACCGAGGGAAAAUUCAGCCUGGCUGAGGUUUUUGUCACAGUUCUGGACAUCAAUGAUCAUCCACCUGAAUUCAAUGAGAAUAUUUUAGAGAAAACAAUGAUUAUUGGUGCACAUGUGAAAAUCGAGGCAGUAGAUGAUGAUGCAGAGGAGCCAAACAAUGUUAUUGAGUAUUCCAUCAUGAAAGCAGAACCAGACAAUAUAUUUGACAUUAAUGCAGAGACAGGGGAAAUCAAACUGAAGCCAUACAUCAAGUCAAUGGAUAUAGUGCACAACAUUACAAAUCAGAAAGACUGCACCUGGUCUGUAGUGGUCCAGGCCAGAGACAGAGGCUCUCCAUCUUUCAGUACAACCACACUUGUGAAAAUUGAUAUCAUAGAAGCGACUCAACUCAAUGACCCAUUGGCAUCUUUUUUAAUGAAAAGAAGAGAAAAUCCCAUGCAAAUCCUUGGCAUGCUUGCAACUGUCAUUAUAGCUUUGGUUUUUGUGACAGUCUUGAUCUCUACGGCUAUUUUUAUGCGUAAUAAAAAGUCUAACAAGAUUUUGCCUUCUCGACGGAUCAUCAAAAAAAAACAUAGGCAAUGCAAACAAUGGAACUUCUAUAAUCCCUUUAAACAACAGAAUAAUAGUGAAAGGUUCAUGAAAGAAUCUGAGGUCCCAGAGAAUGUCAACUGUAACAAUAACAGUGUGGGUGUGCAUCACUCCCCACCCCUGCCACCUCCACUGCCAGGCUUUCUAAGACGUGCAGAUCGGCCUUGGGCAGUGCCAACUGUUUCUGCACCAAUGGCAAAGCAAAAAUCUUUCAGGAACAAACAGAGCCAUGUGAACACAGCACUGGUGUCUGAGCUCAAAUUAAGACUUGAGCAGAAGAAAUUAAUAAACCAAUACUAGUGCUUCAAGUGUAUGUGUAUAUUUGAAAUAUGCACAUUUUACACACUUACAUCUUCCUUGAUGUUCAGUGGGGAUGAGAGAGGUGUGUGUAAACUUUGCCAAUCAUUUGGUCUUGUAUCAUAUGAUAUGAGCAAUAUAUAGCUUACUUGUCCUGAGGAUAAGAUCUCAGCCUUCAUUUCUGUUAUACUGCCAAUCACGUCAUCUAAUUGGUUCUUAAUGCUUUUAAAGUUGACAGCAGACUCCAACUAUACAAAACUACCAUUUAUUGUAAAAGUCAUACCACAGAUGAAAUUCUAAUGAAUUUUAGGAUGGCCAAUCCUGAUCAACAGUUGAAUCUUCUGUUUUCUGGUGUUGUUUAAGACUUUGGUAUUUUAACCAUUUUUUAUUAAAUUUUUUUUUAAUUUUCCUGUUACAUUUAGGACAGUUUGAUAGACAACAAUUCACGCAAUGAACUCUUUGUAUAUAUAAGGUGUCUUAGUUUGGUGUUGGGACAUCAUGAGCGGAACAACCUCCAUGGUACUGAUUCUGCAUAGCCCUGGAACUCUAUUGAACUAUUCUUCAAACAAUUCCUCAGUUAUUCUUUUAAUGAUGUUGGUGGAGAGCCAAAAUAUGUGCUCAACUUGGGUGAGAUCUGGUUAUAAAGGCUAUAGCACAUGUUUUUCAUAAUUUUCUCAUCAAACCAAUCAUUGAGACCUCAUACCCUGUGCGCCAGAUGGGUUAGAAUACAAAUGUUUCAUUAUGGGAUGAAGGUGAUCAGUCAAAAGUACUGUGUUGAUUUUCAGUAACCCUCUCAUCCAACGGGUACAAUUUCCUAAUUUUCUCCUGCCAUAGUUAAAAAUGAGGCUUCCAAAAAGCAACCUUUAUUCUACAAUAUGUGCUAUAAUGAACAUACUGUAUUUAUACAACCAUCUGUAAUUGUUUGGUGUUUUGGUGUCUUUCUAUGUGAAAUAAAUUCAAAG